GGAAUGACGACGCCACACAAGGGAAACAAGGCCUUAAAGGUGAAGCGGGAACCGGGCGAAAAUGGCACCAGCCUGACCGACGACGAGCUGGUGAGCAUGUCUGUGCGAGAGCUGAACCAGCACCUCCGCGGCCUGACCAAGGAGGAGAUCCUGCAGCUGAAGCAGCGACGACGCACCUUAAAGAACCGGGGCUACGCCGCCAGCUGCCGGGUCAAGCGCGUCACGCAGAAGGAGGAGCUGGAGAAGCAGAAGGCGCUGCUGCAGCAAGAAGUCAACAAGCUGGCCACCGAGAACGCCAGCAUGAAGGUAGAGCUGGACGCGCUGCGCUCCAAGUACGAGGCGCUGCAGAGCUUCGCCAGGACUGUAGCGCGCAACCCCGUGGCCUCCGUCAUCGGGCCCCUCAUCCCCGGUAAAGUCGCCGCCACCAGCGUCAUCACCAUCGUCAAAUCCAAAACCGAGGCCAGGUCGUAG